UGCCGGGUUUAUUCGUCGCGAGUGCCUUCAGCAUGAACGAACUCAAGCCAGCCACACGCUACACCAGCACCUCUCUUCACGAGGCUGUCAAGCUGCGCCUGGACGAGCCGGGAUCCUUCUCGCAGGGAGUCGUCCCCCAAAACAUUCCACAAUUCUUCGCAGAGGUGUGCGAAAAGUAUCCGGAGCUUCCCGCCCUGGUGUGGGAAACCCCAGGAGCCGGAGUCGAUGGCUGGACAACUUUGAACUACCGCGGGUAUCAGGAGAAGGUGGAGCAGGCUGCCCUUAUGCUCUUGAGCGUGGGCCUCGAGGAGCGGAGUUCCGUGGGAAUCCUUGCCUUCAAUUGUCCGGAGUGGUUCUUUGCCCAGUUUGGCUGUCUGAGAGCUGGUGCUGUUGUGGCCGGAAUCUACCCCAGCAACUCGGCAGAGGCCGUUUAUCACGUCUUGGCCACCGGAGAGUCCACCGUAUGUGUGGUGGAUGAUGCCCAGCAAAUGGCCAAACUGAGAGCGAUCAAGGAUCGCCUGCCCCGACUGAAGGCGGUGAUCCAGCUGCACGGUCCUUUUGAGACCUUCGUCGACCAGGAGCCAGGCUACUUUAGUUGGCAGAAGCUGCAGGAAAUUACCUUUUGCAACGAGCUCAAGGAGGAGCUAAAGGCACGUGAAGGUCGAGUGUAUGCCAACGAGUGCGCCAUGCUGAUAUUCACUUCGGGUACUGUGGGCCUUCCCAAGGCUGUGAUGCUCACCCACGACAACAUCAUCUUUGAUACCAAGGCAGCGGCAGCUUGUCUGAAGGAUGUACAAAUCGGAAAGGAGAGUUUUGUCAGCUAUUUGCCCCUGAGUCAUGUGGCUGCCCAGAUCUUCGAUAUAUUUUUGGGACUAUCCCAUGCCGGAUGCGUGACAUUUGCUGACAAGGACGCCCUCAAGGGAACCUUGAUAAAGACCUUCCGUAAGGCGAGGCCUACAAAAAUGUUCGGAGUGCCGCGAGUCUUCGAGAAGCUUCAGGAGCGACUGGUGGCUGCGGAGGCCAAGGCAAAGCCUUACUCCAGGCUUAUUUUGGCACAAGCUCGAGCUGCGGUUGCCGAGCACCAGACCACAUUGAUUGAGGGCAAAAAACCUUCGAUUUACGGCAGUGCAAAAUACUGGCUGGCCUCUCGAAUCAUAAAGCCAAUUCGUGAGAUGAUAGGUCUGGACAAUUGCCGGAUUUUCUUGACUGGCGGAGCCCCCACCUCUGACGAGAUGAAGCAGUUUUUCCUAGGCCUGGACAUUGCUCUGGGCGAGUGCUAUGGGAUGUCGGAGAGCGGUGGUGCAAUCACUCUGAACGUCAAUAUCAAUAACCUGUACAGUGCGGGCACCUCAAUCGAGGGACUGACUUUGAAGAUCCAGGACCCGGAUAGCAAUGGCCAGGGGGAGAUUCUGAUGCGCGGUCGUAGCAUGUUUAUGGGUUACCUGGGACUGCAGGAGAAGACCGAAGAGGCCAUCAAGGAGGAUGGCUGGCUGCACUCCGGCGACUUGGGGUACAUCGAUCCCAAGGGAAACCUUGUGAUCUCUGGUCGGCUAAAGGAGCUCAUCAUCACCGCCGGCGGGGAGAACAUUCCUCCGGUGCACAUCGAGGAGCUAAUAAAGAAGGAGCUGCCCUGCGUGAGCAAUGUCCUCCUGGUCGGCGACCAUCGCAAAUAUCUGACAGUUUUGCUGUCCUUGAAGACGAAGUCCGAUGCCAAAACGGGGAUUCCAUUGGAUGCACUACGUGAGGAGACCGUCGAGUGGCUCCGCGAUUUGGACAUCCACGAGACCCGUCUCUCUAGUCUUCUCAGCAUACCAUCGGACCUACAGCUUCCCAACGACGCCGCAGCUGUGGCUGCUGCCCUGGACAUCACUGCCGAACCCAAGCUCCUUGAAGCCCUCGAAGAGGGUAUAAAGCGAGCGAACAAGAAUGCCAUCUCCAACGCUCAGCGGGUUCAGAAAUUCGCCCUCAUUCCCCACGAAUUCUCCCUGGCCACCGGAGAAUUGGGUCCGACGCUCAAGAUCCGGCGGAACAUUGUUCACGCCAAAUAUGCCAAGGUCAUUGAGCGCCUCUACAAGUAACUCAGCGAUGGUAAUCUCAGCCUACAAAUAUAAUACUCACAGUUUCGACUUGAUUAGACUUAAAUUGUAAUAAUCAUUAGUAUUUUAAGCAUUUG